CUCCAGCCCCGCUGUCCCCGGCACCUGGGCCAGGGAUUCCCGUGGGAAGCGGUGAUGUCGGACAAGGGCGGCAGCAUGGACGGCAGGACGGACAUUGUCAACGGCAGCCUGUCCAGCAGCCCUGAGGACAUGUCAGCCGAGGAGGGCCGCGAGACGUCCUCGGGGAUCGAGGUGGAGGCGUCCGACCUGAGCCUGAGCCUGACGGGCGACGACGCCGGGGCCGCGCGGGGCCGCGCCAGCGACAGCGACAGCUCCGGGGACAAGGACAGCGACAGCAUGGACGACACCGGCCACUACUCCAUCCCCGAGGAGCCCCGGCACGACGAGGACGAGGAGGAGGAAGAAGAGGAGGAGGAGGAAGAGCCCCGUGCCCGGCGCAGGGGCCCCCGCAAGCGGCCGCCCCACGAGCGCGACUCGUCCGACGAGGAGCAGGCGCUGGAGGACUGGGUGGCCUCGGAGACGUGGGCCCUGCCGCGGCCGCGCUGGCGGGCGAUCCCGGCGCUGCGGCAGCGCCAGCUGGGCGGCUGCUCGCGUUUCGUGGCGCAGGCCUGCGGCGCCCGGCUCUUCGUGCAGAAAUUCCGGCUGCAGCACGGCCUGGAGGGGCACACGGGCUGCGUGAACACGCUGCACUUCAACCAGAGGGGCACCCGCCUGGCCAGCGGCAGCGACGACCUCAAGGUGCUGGUGUGGGACUGGCUGAGGCGCCGGCCCGUGCUGCAGUUCGACAGCGGGCACAAGAGCAACGUCUUCCAGGCCAAGUUCCUGCCCAACAGCGGUGACUCCACGCUGGCCAUGUGUGCCCGGGACGGGCAGGUGCGCGUGGCCGAGCUCUCGGCCACCCAGUGCUGCCGCAGCACCAAGCGCGUGGCCCAGCACAAGGGGGCUUCCCACAAGCUGGCGCUGGAGCCGGAUUCGCCCUGCACGUUCCUGUCUGCGGGGGAGGACGCCGUGGUCUUCACCAUCGACCUGCGGCAGGGACCGGCCCGCCUCGAAAUUGGUGGUGACGAAGGAGAAGGAGAAGAAGGUCGGGCUCUACACCAUCUUUGUCAACCCUGCCAACACCUCCCAGUUUGCUGUGGGCGGCCGUGACCAGUUU